AUGUCAAACAUAAUAAAGACUUCGCGAUACACCCUAAUAAAUUUUUUCCCAUUUUCCCUUCUCCUUCAAUUUAACAGAUAUGCAAAUAUAUACUUCUUAGUAAUAUCCGUUCUAUAAUGUAUAUCAAUAAUAUCUCCAUUAAGUCCUACAGUAGCCGUAUUUCCAUUAGUUAUAGUUUUGAGCAUCUCGAUGAUUCGGGAAGGUAUAGAAGAUUACUAUAGGCAUGUAAGUGAUAAUGAAUAAAAUUAUUAAUAAUAUACUACUUUAAUAAAUUAAAAUAGGAAAUAAAUGUAAAUUCCUUUUGCGGAUAUAUGUGUAGGAGAUAUUAUCUAAAUUGAAUAAGAUCAAGUUUUCCCAGCCGAUUUGCUUGUUUUGGGUAGCAGUUUGGAAGGAAUUUGUUAUAUAGAAACGGGUGCUUUGGACGGUGAAAAAAAUUUAAAGACGCGUUCUGCUUUAGCAUAAACUUCAAGUUUUUUUUGUGAAAUUAAUACAAAUGGGUUUAUAAAUAAAGAUUAAAAUUUUUAACUUGAACUUUAUACACGAAAACCUGAUUAAGAUCCAAAUAGGUUCGAAGGAAGUAUCGUUUUCAAUGAUAAUUUUAAUGUAAAUAAAGAAUAAAUACCUUUUAAUAUAAAGUAAUUGCUCCCAAGAGGAGCUUUUUUAAGAAAUACUGAAUAUGUAUAUGGAGUAGUUGUAUAUACAGGAAUGGAUACCAAAAUAAUGCUUAAUUCCGAAAGUUCAAAAUAAAAAACUAGCGAUAUGGAGAAAAAAAUGAACCAAUUUAUUUUAUGCAUACUAUGCUUUUAAUUUAUAUGUUCUUUCGUUAUGAGUGCUUGCUAAUAUAAUUGGAUGAACCAAAAUAGUCAUAUUUAUCCAUAUCUAUAUUUAAAUUAAAAUGGUAUGAGUAAUAUUGUUUAAUCUGUCGCUGUUUUCUUUUCAUUCUUUAUUUUAUUUAAUACAAUGAUUCCAAUUUCUUUAGUCAUUUCUUUAGAAAUAGUUAAAGUUGCUUAAUCUUAUUUUAUUAUGAAAGAUUAAGAAAUGUUUAGUGCAAUUAAUAAUAGAUGGCCUAGAGUUUUAACAUGCACAAUAAAUGAAGAAUUAGGCCAAGUUGAGUAUAUUUUUUCUGAUAAAACAGGUACUUUAACAUAAAACUAAAUGUAGUUUAAAAUUGCGGUUGUUGGGAAUAUGUUAUAUGGAAAAAAUAGUUAAAAAAAUAUUAAACAAAAGUCACCUUUACCAACUAAUAAACGCCAUUAAUUAACUGAAUUUAUAUUUGAAGAUUAAAAUUUAGACUAUCUUUUAAAGUCUUCUUCAAAAGAAUAGAACAUAUCUUUAAACAUUAUACUAAAUUCAACUGAUAAAUAAGCUUAAUAUUGUAUAAAGGAUUAAUUAUAAUUAACAAAAGAAUAUUUUAAAUUAUUAGGAGUUGCUCAUGAAUGUAUAGUUAGCAAAAAUAAAGAUCCUACAGACACGAAUAUAUAUUAUUAAGGCCCUUCUCCAGACGAGGUUACAUUAGUAGAUGCAGCAUAUAAUUUAGGCUUUGUUUUUAAAGGUUAGACAAAUUAAAGUAUAUAAAUGAAAAUAUUAGGUAAAGACACUGAAAUUUUAAAAAUUAAUAUUUUUGAGUUUUCUAGUGAAAGGAAAUGUAUGACUAUAAUAAUUUAGGAUGAAGGAAUUUAUAAAAUGUACAUUAAAGGGGCUGAUAAUAUUAUAAAAGAUAAGUUAAAUAAAAAUAUUAAAUAGCCUUUUUUAUAAUAUGCUAAUGAAUAAUUAAAUUAGUUUUCAAUUUUAGGAUUAAGGACACUUCUUGUAGGAAUGAAAAUCAUGUCCAAAAAUGAAGUCGAAGAAUUCAAAAAGCAAUAUACGAAACUUUCCGAAGCUUAAAAUAGAGAUGAAGAGAUAGCGAAGCUAGCAUAAUAAUAUGAAAAAGAUUUUUUUUUAAUAGGAGCUACUGCUGUAGAAGAUAAGCUUUAAGAUGGUGUACCUGAAACAAUAAAUGAUUUAAUAAGGGCUAAUAUUAAAAUUUGGAUGUUAACUGGCGAUAAAUUAGAAACAGCUGAAAAUAUAGCAAAAAGUUGUAAAUUAAUUCUGAAUGAUUUUGAGAUAUUUACAUUAAAUACAUCUGAUGAAUAAAUUAUAAAAAGGGAACUAAAUUAAGUAAUAGAUAAGAGAUUUAAAUAUUGUGUAGAAAAUAAAAUUAGAAAGUGUUUUCUAAUUGAAGGAAGUUCUCUAGCUGUAAUUAUGGAUCCGAAAAAUUAAUUAUUAAAAUAAAAGUUUGUAGAAAUUUCAAAAAGUUGUGAAAGUGUUGUCUGUUGUAGAGUUUCUCCAAUUUAAAAAGCUUAAGUCGUUCGAACAAUUAAAGAAGCUUUAAACAAAAUAACUUUAGCCAUUGGAGAUGGAGCAAAUGAUGUAAAUAUGAUAUAAGAAGCUCAUAUAGGGUGUGGAAUAUAUGGAAAUGAAGGAAUGAGGGCAGUUUAAAGUAGUGAUUUCGCUUUUGGACAAUUCAAAUGCUUAUGGAGAUUACUUUUAAUACAUGGGAGAUGGUCAUAUAUAAGAAUUUCUGAUAUGAUUAUUUAUUUUUUUUAUAAAAAUAUGAUAUUUACAAUACCUUAAUUUUAUAAUGCAUUUUAUUCAGGAUUUAGUUCUUAAACUGUUUUUGAUGAUUGGAAUAUUUCUUUAUAUAAUCUAAUAUUUACAGCCCUUCCCCUAAUUGUAAGGGCAAUCUUAGAUUAAGAUGUGAAUUAUUAAUAUUAUAACGUAGAUAAGUUUUAUAAUUUAAAUGAAACAGAUAUAAUGUAAGUAAAUAAUUUAAUUAAAAAAAGAAAACAUUAUAUUAAGAAUUAAAUGCCUAAUUUAUAUUAUUUAGGAUAAAAAAAUAUGCUUUUUACUAAUUCUAUUUUUACCUUUUGGGUUAUUGAAGGAAUAAUGCAUGGAGCUAUUAUCUAUUAUAUCUCUUUUUGGAGUGUUAGUAGUGAAAUAUUAAAAAAAGGAUAAAAUUCAUCUUAAUGGUCUUUUUCUUUAAUAAUGUUUACUGCAACUGUUUUAACUGCUGAUAUAAAAUUAGGAAUUCAUACGAAAUAUUGGACUUCAAUUAGUUAUAUUGCAUUUUUUUUCGCAAGUUUAGGUACAUAUUUAGCAUUUAUGUUCCUUAGUGAGGUUUUGGAAAUUUCAUAUUAAUUUGCAAUUCCUAUAGAUUUAGUAUAAACUCCUCAUUUUUAUUUAGUGAUUUUCAUUAUUGUUUGCUCGAUUUUUGUAUUUGAUUAAUGUGCAAUUUUGUUAAAUUAAUUUUUCGGAAAAUAAAAAGUUGAAUAAAAAUUAAGAAAAUUAAUAAAAAAAAACCUAUAAAAAAAGAAAAUAAAUGGGAAAUUGAAUUAACAGAGAUAGGAAAAAGCAGCUAAUUAUAAAGCUUUUUUGAAACCGAAUAAAUUAUAAUUAAAAUAGAAAACAAAGAGAAUUUAAUUUAUAAAGAAAACGAUAAUAUGCCUAUUAAUUAUAAAGAUAGAUAAUAAGAAUAAAUUAAUUCAAGUAAUAUAAUUAUUAAAACUAAUAUUUAUUUAUAAAAAUAGUUGA